AAGCCUUGAAUAAUAUGAAUCAUUCUCCUUGGCCCCUCAAGCACCCUAUACUCAUUUCAUGAAGAAGAUGAAGGUAGGCCCCUUAGUUUGCCAAGAAGCUACACUCAAUCACUGAUUACUAUCUGCUAUACUAUAUGAAGGAAUUACACUUCCUUUUAGCGGAUUCAAGUGGGCACCAAGCCUUUAAAAAAGGGCUGCUCUUGGACUUUAAUGGUGGAGGAGCUUCGAAAUCUCAAGCAUGGGAGUGAGUAUAUAGACUUAUUCUCUUUUAAUAAUAUUCCUUCUUUAAUCUACUUAUUGUGUUUGAGGCCAUGAGUUCAAAGAAAUCAAUUCAGAAUCUGGGGGAAACCAUUCAUUCACUGCUGGGAUUUAAGUCACAUCUAACUUCAACUUGGGUGAAGUCAGUUUGUGAGAUAGUAAAGAAAUUACCAAGUGGGAACGAAAAGGAUGAUGAAUCAGCUGCAAAAGAAAUUUCCAAGAUAAAAGAAGAAAUGGCUGCCUUAACCCACUGCAUAAACCAAUCGAACAUACAGAGGGGGCAGUUGUUGCAUGAUUUGUUGGACUUGAAAGGGAACAUCCGUGUAUUUUGCCGAGUGCGACCAUUCACGUUGGAGGAAAGUAUAGGAGGAGGUAUAGGAGGUAUAGGAGCUGUAGUAGCUUUGGAUACAAGUAACCUCCUUUUAAAACUUGGUGAUAACAAAACUAAAAGAUACACAUUUGACAAUGUGUUCCAGGGUUCAUCCCAAGAUGGAAUUUUCUCUAAAGUUGAACCAGUCAUCAAGUCAGUCCUCGACGGUUACAAUGCCAGCAUUUUUGCUUACGGUCAAACAGGAACCGGGAAAACCUUCACAAUGGAAGGUACUUUGGAUUCCCCAGGAAUAGUGCCACGGACGAUCGAGACUUUGUUCAAGCAAGCACUGGAUAGUAACCAUACUUUCCUUAUCACUUUCAGUAUGCUUGAGAUUUAUUUAGGAAAUCUCAAAGACUUGCUUGUACCGCAAGCUACCAGGGCAACAGAUCCUUUGCCACCAUGCCUGUCAAUUCAAACAGAUCCAAAGGGAGGAAUUGGAAUUGAGAACCUGGUUUCCAUCCAAGUUAGCGACUUCAACCAAGCUUUGAAGCUGUAUAGAUUAGGAUGCCAACUCAGGUCAACUGCUUCAACAAAUUCAAACACAACUUCAAGUAGAUCCCACUGCAUGAUUCGCAUUUCGAUGACUUGCUUCGAUGCUCCUGAGAGGCGACGAGAAACGAAUAAAAUAUGGUUAGUUGACCUUGGAGGAAGUGAGCGAGUGGUGAAGACCAAGGCAUGGGGGAGAAGACUUGAUGAAGGAAAAGCCAUCAAUUUGUCUCUUUCUGCUCUUGGAGAUGUAAUACAUGCUCUUCAAAGGAAAAAAAGCCACAUACCAUACAGGAACAGCAAGCUGACACAAGUUCUUAAAGAUUCCCUAGGUGAAGAUUCAAAAACACUGAUGCUAGUACAUGUGAGUCCCAAAGAAGAAGAUCUUUGUGAAACAAUAUGUUCAUUAAAUUUUGCAGCAAGGGUGAAAAGUGUUCAAUUGGGGCAUGAGGAGUCCAAUGAAGUAAGAAACCAGAGGGAAGCUGCUAUGAAAAACCUGCAUCAAACGAUUAAAAAGAUUGAAGAUGAACGACGAUAUAUUAGAGGAAAGAUCCAAAUUUUGAACCACAAAUUAGAAGAACUGACAAGGAGAGGUCUACCUUUGGAACAGCAAGCAGAGGCUUGUGAUUUAUCAACUGAACUAGGGCCACCUUCCGAGCUUGACUUUACCAAGAACAGGACUGGAAAUGUCAGAUCACAGCUGCCUAGAUUUAUGAGAUCAACUAUUAGCAGUAGAACAAAAACUGGGAUGGAGCAUCAAACUUCACUUCAUUCAAGGAGAAGGAGAAGACCAUCAUCUCAGCGAGCCGGGUCAGUGAGUUUCCCAGUGAAGAAUCAUUCAGAGUGCAACUCUGACCGUAGCAUUUCAAGAUCUACAUGUGCAGUGGAAUUGAACAGGAAAACUAGUAUGGAAUUAGAUAAUGUCACAGUCUACAGCCAAGACACAUCUGAAUGUGAUACAAAAAUGGUUGUCACAAAUAGAAAAUCAAACAAAUGCAAGUCCACUAAAGUUUUAAAGGUUGAUCAAUGGCUUACCUUGCAUAAGGAUGAAGGUAGCAUUAGUGGUUCUGUUCCAAGGAAUAAAUGGGUUUCAGACAUUCCUCUCCCGGAGAAGAAACAUAGGUCAAAUAGAGUGAAAAAGACACAUAUAUUAUGCAAUGACAAGGUAUUUAAAAAGCAGAAGAAAGCUUCUUCGGUGGUAGCUGUUUCUCAAAGGGUGGAAGACAAACCACCAACACUAAAGGAUUUAUUUGCUGAGGAAUCUAAUUCUAGUUUCAUUUGUCCACCUCAACCAACAAUGUGCCUGUCAACAGGUCACCAACAAGACUCACUUGAUGGCUCUUUGAUAGAGUACGGUCAAGGUGGCAGUCUUUCUCCACCUGAUUCUUGCUGCGAUGGAUCAGUACACUUCAUUGAUAAUGAAGAUGAAUUCUAUGGAACACCCAUGGUUGAAGUAGUAGAAGACACUGAACACCGCCCCAACAGUUCCAUGAUGAAAAUUAGCAGUUAUCUGCUUUCUCCGGAUGAUAGCAUCAGCAACUCACAAGAAAUUUUUGGUGUUUCGGCCCAAGCAUUGGAGCCGGAACAGUACCACAAACAAGUGAUGGCAACUGAAGUAAACGGAAAGGAAGACAUGGAUGCCUCUUCUCAAUCCUCACCACAAGAGAUGAGACUAAAUCUGUGCAGACCGAAAUCUCAAAGAAGAUUGUUUAUAGACGACCUAAAACAAAAAGACCCGAGGAUGAUGACCCUCAUAAAAUCACAAGAGAUUUCAAAAAACCAAGGAGCAUGUUGUUUGGUUAAACAGAAAGUUGAGAAAUCAUGGGCCAUUGCACUUCUAGGAUUGGGAUUCCUCGACUUGGGGUUCAAUCAUGACUUCUUCUAUGGUCUAAUACGUUGAAGCAGCUGCAGUAAUGUUGAAGGAUGAGCUAAUAAUAGGAUGGAAUGUUUGCACAGAUCAUCAAUAUUCCCAUUUUUCCUUUUAAUAUGCUAAGGUUUAACAAAUUACUGUUAGGAUUUAGAUCCAUAAAUUAAAUAAAAUUUAUAGAUUUGAACUAGUAUUAUACA